AUGGAUCCCUUAAGCAGAGACAUCAUCCGCGCAGAGGUCGACGCCAAUGACGAUCGACCCGAUACCUUGUCGUACAUCGCCACUCACGGACCAGAUAUCGAGAGAGACUGGUCGAGAUCAGACGUUACUUCUCCUAUUUCCCGCGAUGUCACUCACACUUACACGAAUGCCACCCAACGCACACUCCAUCCCGUGGAACUCGACCGAAUAGCUAGAUCGCGGACGCAGCAUCAACUCACUGUGGGCAGCCGGCCGUCAACCGCUGCAAGGCGGCGGUCGACGGCCACGGUGCGGACCCUAGGGGCUGGCAAGCCUCUCCCGCCCAAAGAUGAAACGGAAGGGUACAUUGUUGAAUUCGAUGGCGUCGACGACCCCGAACAUCCCCAGAACUGGCCUUUCUGGUACAAGGUCAGAGUGUCCAUCAUCUUGUCCUUCAUCACCUUCGUGGCAUCCUUCUCCAGCGCCAUCUUCUCCUCCGCCAUCACCCAAGUAUCCCACGAGUUCCACGUCUCGACCGAGGUCGGCGUGCUGGGUAUCACGCUUUAUGUGCUGGGCUUUGCUUUCGGCCCCAUCCUCUGGGGUCCCGGUUCGGAGCUGCUCGGCCGCAAAAAGCCCCUUGUGGUGUCGAUGUUCGGCUUUGCCGUCUUCGCGGUCGCAGCAGCCGUCGCCAAAGACUACCAGACACUGAUGCUCGCACGCUUCUUCAGUGGCUUCUUCGCCGCGUGUCCGCUGGCCAUUGUCCCCGCCUGCUUCGCCGACAUGUACGACGACAGCCAGCGCGGCAUAGCCAUCACUGCCUUCGCCAUGGCCGUCUUCUGUGGCCCCUUCUCCUCGCCCAUGGUCGGCGGUUUCAUCGCAGACAGCCAUCUGCGCUGGCGCUGGACCAUGUACAUCGCCUCCAUCAUGGGCUUCCUGUCCACCUUUCUCACCCUGUUCACCAAGGAGACUUACGCACCGGCGGUCCUCGUCGCGAAAGCGGGCCGGAUUCGACGCGAGACAAAGAACUUCGCCAUCCACGCCAAGCAAGAGGAGGUCGAGGUCGACUUUCUGGAGCUCGUCGACGAGAACUUCAUGCGACCCAUCCGGAUGCUGUUCACCGAACCCAUCAUCUUCCUGAUCACUCUGUACAUGUCCUUCAUCUACGGCCUCAUUUACCUGUUCUUGGGCGCCUACCCGAUCAUCUUCCAGCAAGUGCACGGCAUGAACGAAGGCGUGGGCGGCCUGCCCUUCAUCGGUCUGAUCAUCGGCCAGUUCUGCGGCGGCAUCUACAUCAUGAUCGACCAGACCGCGUACAAGAAGAAGCUCGCGCGCAACCACGGCGUGCAGAUUCCAGAAUGGCGACUCCCACCCGUCAUCAUCGGCGCCGUCGCCUUCUCCAUCGGCUUAUUCUGGCUCGGCUGGACGGGCUGGAACAAAUCCAUCCACUGGCUCGCGCCCACUGCCUCAGGCGUGGUGACCGGUUUUGGCAUUCUCUGCAUCUUCUUGCAGUGCUUCAACUACAUCAUCGACACGUAUUUGAUGUUCGCCGCCUCGGCCAUCGCCGCCAACUCGUUGCUGAGGUCGUGCUUCGGUGCGGGCUUCCCCUUGUUCGGCGACCAGAUGUUUCACAAUUUGGGCAUCCAAUGGGCCGGCACCUUACUCGGCUGUCUCGCCGCCGUGAUGAUCCCCAUUCCUGUUAUUUUCUACAUCUGGGGCCACAAGAUCCGGGGGUGGAGCAAGACGUCGAAGCCGACAAACGAGGGAUUUGGGAGCGAGGAGGAGGACAUGACACCUGAGAAGGGUGACAUGGAGGUCUGA